CAGUACUUCCUGUUUGUGAGCAGGUGAGACACACCUGAGCAGGUGAAGGGAGCAGACACACUGAGCGCGAGCUCCGUUCAUUGACGAUUUAAGCUUUUUAUUAACGACUGAACAGAAAAACGCUUCAGGACGCGGUAAUCGAUAUUUGUCUGCUACAAUGGCUCCAUCCUCCUCUUCCUCCUCUUGCUCCUCUUCCUCUCUCUUGCUGCCGCUCCUCCUGCUCCUUCGGUGCGCCGCAGCGGCGGAGGACGCGCACUGCGGCGGCACUUUCCGCUCCGGUCAGAACGACUUCGUCCUGGACGCGGAGGACGCGGUGAAUGAGGGCGCGGCUCUGCUGGACACCGCGAACGUGCGCUCCGAGGAGGCUUGUGAGCGCGCGUGCUGCGAGGACCCGCGCUGCAACCUGGCGCUGCUGGCGCCGCGCGGCACCGGAGCGGCAGCGGCGGAGAACCGCACCUGCGACCUGUUCGACUGCGUCCACAGAAACCGCUUCGUGUGCAGGUUUGUGAACCAGGUCGGAUACCAGAACUACAUCAGAGAGUCUGUGUUCCUCCAACACCUGCAGGGGCCGCAGGGUGCAGGUGAGCAGGCUCCGCCCAUCGCCAUAGCGGGUCAGGAUGUCAUCGUUCAGCCCGGCGAGACGGUGACGCUCAACGGCAUCGAGAGCCUGCCGCUGGGCGACGCCCACAUCACAGACUACCUCUGGCGUCUGCAGAGCGGGGACGACGGCGUCAAGGUGGAGGAGACCGAGCUACCUGACCAGGUGCGACUGUCCAACCUGCAGCCGGGCUCUUACGUCUUCCGGCUGACUGUCACCGACUCCAACGGCCAAUCAGACGCUGCCGAGGUUACCGUCCUCGUCCUCAGCCCCGAGAUGUCCAGCUUGUACUGUCGGGCUCCAGUGAAGGUCGGUCCGUGUCGUGCAGCGUUUCCUCGUUGGCGGUUCAACGUCACAGCCGGUCGCUGUGAGCAGUUUGUGUUCGGAGGCUGUAAACAAAACAACAACAACUUCCUGUCUGAGGACGAGUGUUUGUCUGCCUGCAGGGGAGUGACAGUGACAUCAGAGAGGAGCUCCACUCUGCCUGUCGCUGGUCAUGUGUGUGUGUUGUGUGGUUCGACGUGUCGUCCUGAUCAGCUGACCUGUGACAGUGGCUGCUGUUUGGACAGAAGUCUGGAGUGUGACGGCGAGAAACACUGCGGAGACGGAGCUGAUGAAGAGCACUGCAGUCAACUGAACCAGACAUUCACCCGGCUGUUGAACAUCGAUGUAAACCAGAAGAAAGCCCGGUGCUCGGAGCCCCCCCACACCGGACCGUGUCGGGCGAGUUUCACCCGCUGGUACUACGACCCUCUGAACCGAAAGUGCCACCGCUUCACCUAUGGAGGCUGUGACGCCAACGGGAACAACUUCGACGAGGAAAACAAGUGUAGAGACACCUGUCAGGGAGUGACAGAGCAAAACGUGUUCUUCAGAGGGAUGUUCGAUCGGUUCGAGACAGACGAAGAAAGUGACUCAGGAAACAUAGCGCUGGCUGUCCUCUUGUCGGUCGCCAUCUUGGCUCUGCUGGCCAUCCUCACCUACUGCUUCCUCAAGGCCAGGAAAGAGCGCUCCCACAGGCCCGUGGCCACAGGCCCCGCCCAUGUGACGCUGUCGGAGCAGGACACGCUCGUUUACAACAGCACCACCAAACCUAUAUGACCUCAUCAUCACCGCUGUCACCAUGGCGACGCCACAGCUGCUUUCUGGUUCAUUCUUCUGUUCUUUUUGUUUUGUUCCAUUACAUGUCGCACUAGAGCGACGGCCCACCAGACUCCAUUCACAAAACCAUUCAUUUUUAGCUUCAAUGAUAACAUGAUACCUACUAGCUUUGGCAUGUUAGCAUGCUGCUGUUAGCAUUUAGCUCACAGUGUGUUUAGCUCUGCGGUGUAAACAGGUUGUUGUUGUUGUUGGUAAACAAUAUGGUGUUGUGUGUUGACUCUAAUAUAUUUAUGAACUGUGUGUUUGGGUUUUAAAAGAGAAACUUGAUGUAAAUAUGAAGUUGUUUUAAUUCUCUCAGGUUGUUUUUUAAUCUUCAAUAAAGUCACGUGGAACAACAAA